UGGAGAAUUGCUUGGUAUAUGGGGCAAACCCCUACACAUAUGGUGUGAGAAGUGUGGUGUGUGGCGUGGUGUGCAUGAGGGUAGGAAAAGCAGUCUGGUUUUUCCUGUCUCUUACGGUGUUUAGUUUCCAUGUGGACAAAGCAAAAGUGGCAAUAUUUUUGAAUGUUCCAAUAUUAUAGUGACAUAAGUAAUAUUGAUAGUUGCUGUGGAACUGAAUGAAUAAUACACAGCAUAAGAACAUUUCAGAACACAGUGACAUGUAUUCCUAACAUAACUUCUGUUAUUUCAUGUCAUCCUCUCCCACUGUUUUGUGUUUCAGGUACAGAGCCUUCAUUUUUAUUUUGACAUUUCUGCUGUAUGCAAGUUUUCACUUAUCUCGAAAGCCUAUCAGCAUAGUUAAGGGUGAGCUCCACAAGUAUUGCACUGCUUGGGAUGAAGCUGACGGCAGAUUCAGCAGCCAGAGCGCCAAGUCUGGGUCCAUUGCCCCCCGCCAGCUCCCUGACAAUGAGACCGACUGUGGCUGGGCACCAUUUGAUAAGAACAACUAUCAGCAGCUGCUUGGGGCCCUGGACUACUCCUUCCUGUGCGCCUAUGCCGUGGGGAUGUACCUCAGUGGCAUAAUUGGGGAACGCCUGCCGAUUAGGUAUUACCUAACUUUUGGGAUGCUCGCCAGUGGAGCCUUCACCGCCCUGUUCGGCUUAGGGUAUUUCUACAACAUCCACAGUUUCGGAUUCUACGUGGUAACUCAGGUCAUCAACGGGCUGGUGCAGACCACCGGCUGGCCCAGCGUCGUCACCUGCCUCGGCAACUGGUUUGGAAAAGGAAGGAGAGGUUUGAUUAUGGGGGUCUGGAACUCCCACACCUCCGUAGGCAACAUCUUGGGGUCGUUGAUCGCUGGCUACUGGGUGUCCACGUGCUGGGGCCUGUCCUUCGUUGUGCCUGGGGCCAUCGUGGCAGCCAUGGGGAUAGUGUGCUUUCUCUUCCUCAUUGAACAUCCGAAGGACGUCAGGUGCUCCUCCACCCUGCUGACGCACUCAAAAGGCUCUGAGAAUGGUACAAACAGAUUGAGACUCCAGAAGCAAAUCUUGAAGACCGAAAAGAACAGGCCUCUGGACCCCGAGAUGCAGUGCCUGCUGCUGUCAGAUGGGAAGGGCUCCAUCCACCCAAACCAUGUCGUCAUUCUCCCCGGGGACAGCGGGAGUGGCACAGCCGCCAUCAGCUUCACAGGAGCCUUGAAAAUUCCAGGCGUGAUCGAGUUCUCGCUGUGUCUGCUGUUCGCCAAGCUGGUCAGCUAUACUUUCCUCUUCUGGCUGCCCCUGUACAUCACGAAUGUGGAUCACCUUGAUGCCAAGAAAGCUGGGGAGCUCUCCACCCUGUUUGACGUGGGCGGAAUCUUUGGUGGGAUCCUGGCAGGUGUGAUCUCAGACCGACUGGAGAAAAGGGCCUCCACCUGCGGCCUGAUGCUGCUGCUCGCAGCCCCCACGCUGUACAUCUUCUCCACCAUCAGCAAGAUGGGGCUCGAGGCCACCAUCGCCAUGCUGCUGCUCAGCGGAGCCCUGGUCAGUGGGCCCUACGCGCUCAUCACCACCGCCGUCUCUGCCGAUCUGGGGACUCAUAAAAGUCUGAAAGGCAACGCACACGCCCUGUCCACCGUGACCGCCAUCAUCGACGGGACCGGCUCUGUAGGAGCAGCCCUGGGCCCCCUGCUGGCUGGGCUCCUCUCUCCGUCCGGCUGGAGCAAUGUGUUUUACAUGCUGAUGUUUGCAGAUGCCUGUGCCUUACUGGUAAGUCGGCCUAUUUUAGUCCAAUCCACUUGA